GUCAAAGCCCGAGUGCCGGGAAGUAUAUACUCAGACCUGAGACGUGAGGGCGUUCUUAAGGAGUCCCUACUGUCCGGCGAUAACGAUGUGAAGUAUCGGUGGGUUUCGUACGACAACUGGACGUUUGAGCGCACAUUCAAUGUCGACGAGAAACUAUUGAGCAAACAAUACGUGUAUUUGUUGGCCAACGGUAUCGACACUGUCAGCGAAGUUACCGUAAAUGACCGACUGAUAGGCCGUACAGACAAUCAGUUCGUACGGUAUAAGUGGGACGUAAGACACGUGCUAAAAGUGGGUCAAAACACGGUUCGUGUGUCCAUACAGUCGGCGCCGUUAUAUUCAUUGCAAAAGUCCAAAGAAUAUGAAGAGAAAUACAAAUAUAAAGUUAUUUCAUGCACAAAGUCAGAUAAUACGGAGUGCUACGUUGAUUUCAUCCGAAAAAUGGCCGCUUCUUAUAGUUGGGAUUGG